AUGUUGUCGCGUGUGGCCCGGAGGAACGGUGUAUUUGUGAGGUUUCAGUCGAGUGCGGUCUUCCCAUCAGUUAGCGAAGUGCGUAACGAUGAGCUGGUUGGGCAUGGCAGUUAUACUAGCAAGAGUUAUUUUGUGGAGAGGAGUCGAGUAGGCAAUCUUCCCGUUUAUUCUGACUAUCGUGGUGGCGGUAACAAAGUGGUCACUGAGAUACGCAGAAUUAGAGGUAACGCAGUGCAAUUGAAGAAGGACUUGCAAGCGGUGCUGCCACAUAUCCCUGAGAAGGAUUGGCGUGUGAUCUCGCAAUCUAAUAAGAUAGAGAUCAAAGGUAACUACAUCUCCGAACUGAAGAGUGUGCUGUCAGAAACAUUCUGA